CGCCAUGUCGGCCACGCUGGACCUGAGAUCGAAGGAGGAGAAGGACGCGGAGCUGGAUAAACGUAUCGAAGCGCUACGGAAGAAGAACGAGGCCCUUAUUAAGCGUUAUCAGGAGAUUGAGGAAGAUCGGAAGAAAGCGGAGCAGGAGGGAAUCGCAGUGACGGCUUUGCGCCGCGUGAGACCAGCCGAUGCCGAGCCGGAGAGGAGAUGGGUGGACAAGGAUCUCUCUGUCACUAUCCAGGUUAUGCUCUCCCCCGGGGAAAAGCGUGUGGUGAAGGACAAGAAGCCAUUGGGCACCCCAAAACCUGGCCGCGGCACCACUCCCCGCGGCUCGGGGCGUGCCUGCUUGCGUCCUUCUGGCCGUUCCCCCCGGGGGGAACCCCCCGCCGAGCCAUUUUGGGAGGGUGCCGGGGGGAAUGGCAUGACCCCGGCGGAGCGUGGCGGACGGGGACGGCGCUUGCGGGGCCGGGGGGCGGCCGGUGCGGUGAUGGGGGGUGAUGCCGGUCCCAACCGAAAGUCCAAGGAGUGGGAAGAGCGACGGCGGCAGAACAUCGAGAAGAUGAACGAGGAGAUGGAGAAGAUUGCGGAGUACGAGAGGAACCAGCGGGACGGGCUUCACGAGAAGAACCCUGUGCGUAACUUCUUGGACGACCCGCGCCGCAGCGGCCCCUUCCAGGACACCGAUCGUAAGGAGGGGAGCCGGCGACAUGUCCGAAAUUGGGGGGGAGCUGAUUUUGACAAGGUCAAGGCAGGAAUGGAGCGUGAGAAGACCUGGCAGGGCCCCGUACGUACCCCGGGACGCCGUUCCAGCCCGAAAGCUGGGGGGCCGCUGGACAUGACGCUCUCCAUGACGGGUCGGGAGCGAGCUGAAUACGUCCGCUGGAAGAAAGAACGGGAACAAAUCGAUCAGGAACGCCUGGCGCGGCACCGCAAACCCACCGGGCAGUGGCGGCGGGAGUGGGAUGCCGAGAAAUCGGACAGCAUGUUCAAGGAGGGCUCUGCAGCAGCGCCCGGCUCAGAAAUGAGCGGUGGGGAGGAAAACAAGCGCCCUCCUCCCAAACCGCUCACUUUUGGGGAAUUCCUCACCCCGCAUCGCAGCCAGCGGAGGAGAAAGGGCCGGGGACGUGGCCAGAGCACCGGGACCAAGCCCUACAGCAUGCAUGAUAACCGGUGGGAGGAGAAGGAGCUGCCGGUAUCGACUGAGGAAGCCGAGAGCCAGAAGGCGGAAGAAGUGCCGAGCGGGGCCCUCCCGGAGCCUCCCCGCCCCCUGAGCCCUGAGGAAGAUGAGGACCAGUGGGAGGAUGUCAGUGAGGAGGAGGAAGAAGAAGAAGAGGAGGAGGAGGAGGAAGGCGGCGGCGGCACCAGCCCAGGAUCAUUGAGCGAGGACGAAGCACCCCGCAGUGCGUCCCCCAAAGCCCAGCGUCCCCCCAGAGCUGGCCAGGCUGCGGCUCCCAAACUGCGCGUGCCCCCCACCACUGUGGCACCUGUCCCAGAUGGGGGGGCUGGCACCCCCCUGAGCCCCUUCUCCCCCGUGGAAGGCCACCAGCCCGUCUCGGACUGGGGCGAGGAGAUGGAUCUGGCCUCUCCCCGCAGCAGUCUGGGGGACAGUCCCCUUUCAGGUCCCACUGUCCCUAAGUCGAGAGGGGAUUCCGGAGAGAUUCCAGGACUGAGCCCCAUGGAGCUGGCUGGGUCCCCCCAGGGGGUGCAGAGCCCUGCAGAGCCCCCCCAAGGGGAAGAAAUGAGGCCGAACAUGGAGCAAGAGGUUUCGGGGAAGCAUGAGGAGGCGGCAGGGAGCCCGGCGGAGGAUAGAACGCAAGGAGACACAGCGUUUCCCCGCCAGCUGGAUGCGGAGGUGGCCCCCAGCACGGUGGAGAUCACGGACUUUGAGCGGCCUGACUCUACCUGCGAAACAUCCCAGAGUUGCCAUGCUUUUCCUCCGGCAUCUCCGGUUUCGGGAUCUGUCUUCCAAAGCCCGGGAAGCGCAUCGGGUGGUGGAGGCUGGCGGGUGCUGUGCUUGCCCGGGAGGCUGCGACGUCUGAUGGCCAAGUGCCCCGAUGUCCUCGAGCAGCCCCUCCGUCACUCGGGUCGCUCCCACCGUGACCGCUACAGCUUUCUAGAGACUGUGAGCCGGCAGGAAUAAGCCAGGGAGAGGCGAGGGGGGUGCGGGGGAAAAAAAAGAAAAUGACCUGCCUGCACCUCCUUGGUGGGGUUUGGCCUUUGGUGGUGGGGCUCCCUGAAAUCCCUUCUGCGCCCACGGGAUAGGUGGGUCAAGCCUGGCGUCAUGGGCAUUUAGGAGCAGAGGAUACCAGUGCCGGUGGCAGUGUUAAGGGUCCCCAAAGGGUUUGGGGGCUCCAGCUGUGCACCCCCAGUUCCCAGCAGCUCCCCACAAAGUUCCUGCCCCUGGCAGGGCACUUUGGGGUCCCCUUCUUCCCUUCUUUGUGCCCUGGAGCUGGGCAGGAGGGGUGGGCUUGACCCAUCCCCCCCCCUUGGGCUGCCUCAUCCCACCGGCUCUUUGUAAAAUAAACCUCCAAAACAUC